AUGAAGAGGACACUGCUUCUGCUGGCCUUGCUGUUGACCGGGGAGCUGGGCUUCAAGACAUCGGAAGCAUGCAUUCCUUUCUUCGAAGUCUAUACUACAAUCCUCAUUGGAAACAAGGGAAUAUUGAAUGUCCUCCUUAACAAGUUUGACCCUACUGACGGGGAAAGGGCAGCAGCGGAAAAACUUCUGGAAUGCUACAAUGAGUCAGGAUUUGAAGGCAAAUUCCUGAAUACCAAAGUUCUGGAAGCCAUCGUCAUCAGCAAAGAAUGUAGAGCAUACUAUAAACAAGACAUCAUAGACAAAUUCAAGGCAUUAAUUUCCAAACUUAACUUCAGUGGAAAAUGA